AAAAAAAAGUGUUGAAAUCACUGCUGUGCCACCUUCUGGAAAAAGCACCUCAAUUGAUAACAUUAGUAAUUUUGUCGAAGAAGAAAUGACGGGUGUACUUAUAACUCCUGUCGAAACGUUUAUUGAUAAGGGAAAGACAAAAGAUAAUUUUUUAUCAUUAGUCGAUAAUACUUCUAUUAAUAAAGGCAAGUCAAAGGAAAUUUUUCAACAUUCCGAUGGCUCUAAAAGCAUUUUUGAGCCCAUUGACUCUUUCUGGUUGCGAAAAAGAAAAUCAGCGAUUAAACACAAUGAGUCGAGUGAUAUUGAGUCUCUGGAGAACCAAGAAUUUCAAGAUAAUCCAGUUCAUUAUAUAAAUGAAGAUAAUGAUAGUGAUGAUUGGGAAGAAAUAGACCUUUCUACAUGUCAAGAUCAACUUGAUGAUCUUUCUGAGUCUAAGCCACUCCCGAAUAAAACUAUUCAAAUUACUUUUGAGAAGCCUAAGAUACAAUACAAAGCUCGAGGUAUCACUAAAAUUGAGCGAGCUAUUCGACAAAAUGUACACAAAGCCCACUUGUUAGCCCUACUCGCCCAUGGUAUGAUUAGGAAUAAAUGGUGUAAUGAUGAAAUGACACAGGCAAUAGCACUCUCUUUAAUUGAGUAUGACCUACAAGCGCUUUUUGACAAGGCUUUGGUAAAAGUUGACGUCAAACACGCUAACAUACUAAUUAUAGCCUUACAAGAUUUGUGUAAAUGGUGGAAGAAUUAUUUUGUAAUUACAAAACCUGGAAUUCGAAAUAGAGCAUAUCAUGAAUUUGGAGAGAACAAUGAGGGGAAGAUUGCCGAGGAUGAUGAAUCAUUUUCUGAUUGUUUAACAUCUAUCAAUGUAUUUCGGAGGAGUAUUAGUGUUGGUGAAGGAAGUCGUGAUACUUCUGCACAGUUAUUUGUUGCUGUGUUACGUUCCUUAGGAAUACCUGCACGAUUAGUAUGUUCUUUACAAGCAGUAUCAUUUAAAUUAGCACGUAAAAACGAGGCAUAUACUACUCGGAAAAAGGAUAAUGAUUUAGAUUACAAGGGUUCAACAAGUAGUAGCAUGAAUGAUGAAGCCCAGAGAACACUUGGACUUGGAAAAUAUAAACUUGGUGCAAAAGGGAAGAAUCGUAGUAGCAGUAAAUCAAAGAGAGAGCAAAGUGAUGACGACGAUGAUUAUAGUUCUCCAUCUAAACAAUCUCGUGUUGAUCGCUUGCGUAAGUCAUGUAGUGUAUUAAAAAACAGUCUUAAGAAAGAUAAUAGUAAUGGCUUGCAAAAUUCAAAUGCGCCGCCAAUAUUCUGGUGUGAGGUUUAUUUUGCAGCUUAUAAAAAAUGGUUUUGUAUAGAUCCAGUUCGUGCAUUGGUGAAUUCACCACAAGCAAUGGAACCUGCGUCUAAUGACAUGGAUAAUGUUAUGGCUUACAUAGUUGCAUUUGAACAAGAUGGUUAUAUAAAAGAUGUGACGCGUCGAUAUGCUUCACAAUGGGGAGCACGGACGCGAAAAUUAAGAGUGCCUGUCACCAAGGACGGUUAUGAUUGGUGGCAUGAAACAUUGUCUUAUUUCGCACGUCCGUAUGAAAGGAAACAAGAUAAUGAAGAAGAUGCUCAUUUACAUAAAUUGGAAGUUUCUGAACGUAUGCCAACUUCUAUUAGUGCUUUCCACAACCAUCCUUUGUAUGCUCUUGAACGUCAUUUGAAGAAGUUUGAAAUAAUUCAUCCAAAGCAACCAAUAAUAGGGAAUAUUCGUGGUGAACCAAUAUAUCCACGCAAGAAUGUUAAACAAUUACAUACAGCUGAAACUUGGUUAAGAGAAGGUCGACAAGUUAUGAUAGGUGAACAACCUUUAAAGCACGUGAAAUCGCGUAUAUAUACUUUGGCAAAACGUCGUGCAGCAAAUAUGGCUUCAUUAUAUGACGAAGAGCCCCCCGAGUCUGGUUUAUAUGGCGAAUGGCAAACCGAAGAAUAUAUACCUGAACCGAUAAUUGACGGUAAGGUACCAAAGAACUCUUAUGGUAAUGUAAAUAUGUUUAAGGAAAGCAUGUGUCCAAUUGGAGGUGUGCAUAUUCCAAUUAAUGGAAUUGGAAAAAUUGCAAAGAAAUUUGGUGUCGACUACGGAGAUGCUGUGGUUGGCUUUGAUUUCCAAGCUCGUCGAUGUGUUCCAGUAAUUCAUGGAAUUGUAGUUGCGAAGGAACAUGAAACAAUGUUACUUGAGGCAUGGCAUGAAUAUGCAAGUCACGUUGAAGCAAUGAAUGAUGCAAAGCGAGAAAGAGAAGUUUUGACAAGAUGGAGGAGACUAAUUAUGGGAGUGCAAAUUCGAAUGAGAUUAUAUAAUGAUUAUGUAAAACAGGAUUCAUCUGAUAUGGAAGAAGGAGAAAGUGAAUUUUACCAUGGUGAAUCGGAAGGAGAGAGUGAAUUGUAUCACGGCGAUACUGAAGAAGAAGAUAAUAAUUAUUUGGUCAACGUUGUCAACAAGAGUGGAUCGAAUAAACUACAUGAAACUAUUGGGGAAAAGACCAUUAUUGAAAGUAACAACGAUAAAUCCAAUACUAAUUUUUCAGAUAAUAUGGAUAUUGAAGAUGAUUUUGUACGAAUAGAAGAGAACGAUACAAGUACAGAGGGUAGUAUUACGUGGGAUGAUAAGGAUGAAGAAAUGUAUACGGAAGAUAAAAAUGAAGCUAUUAAUAUAGAAGGUGGCUUUAUACGUGAGAAAGAAUAAGACAUUGAUAGUUUUAUGAGUGAUGACGAAGACCUUCCAGAAUAGAUAUUUUAUUCGUCAAUUAAAAAAAAUUUUUUUUUUUAUAAUGAUCUGCAUAUUGUAUCUAAACAAAAUAAAAAUGUGCUUGUGUAUCGUUAUUAGUAUUUAUAUAUUGAAAUCUAUAAACUUGUGAAAUGUGAACUCCUUUUUCCCCUUAAUCCCAUAUAAUGGCUUCUCGAGGAUUUUUUAUAAUACUAAUUAUAUUUGUAAUAAUUAUAUUUUUGAUUCACCAAAAUAAUAAUAAAUUU